AUGAAAAGAAAGUAUAAUUCUACAUAAAAAAUUGUUGUCAAUAAUAAAAUUGAGGAUCUUUAUACUGAACUCAUUAACAGUGCAGUAUUUUUUCCUCAAAUUUCCAAAAAGGAGCAAGAUAAAAUUCAGCCUGAAAUGUUUCACUCUAAUUUGCCAAAUAUAAGUGACAUUAUUAACUCUAAAAAAAAAGUAAUACCAGAUAAUGUUAAAUCCACACUUAUAAACUUAACUGAUUAUGCUAGAUAACUUGAAAAUUUAUUGCGCUUGAAGAAUAAGGAGAUUGAAAGACUUUCUUUUUUGAAUAAUUUUUUAUCUAUUUCAGCUCAAAAAAAAGAUGAAUUACUUGAGGCUGAAAGAAAAGAAUUAAAUAGGGUUAAAGAUGAAUUAUCUUAACUUGAAGCAUAAUUUAAAGAUAGAGUACCCAAUAAAAAAGAUGUGAAAUCACAAAAAAACACUAUAAUCAUUUAAUAAAAAGAUUAUGGAGUAGGAACACCUAGACUACAAGCAAAAGAGUCAAACUCUUUAGAGAACUUUUAAAAAGCUGUUUAAUCUAAGCUUUAAAAUGAUAUUGUUCAAACAAAUGAAGAAUAGCAAUAAAAUACCAAUAUACAAUAAUAAAAUUUAAAAUAGAAAUCAAAUAAUAAAAUACCUUAGUAAGCUCCUAUAAUACAAACAAUUGCUGCACCUACAUAGCCUCCUUAAUAAUAAAAUAUACCAACAUAGGCUAUUAAUAAUUAAAAUUUAUAGGUUUAUAAUCCAAACCAUGCAAGAAAAUAAAACAGAAGUUCAAUUAACGAGCUAAGUGCUACUAGUUUUCUUCCUAUGAACAGCUAUCUCGCUGGUGAUAAUUAAACUGACACUUUAAAGACUCCUACUAUAAUAAAUUUAAAUUUGAAUGAUGACGAUGCUAUAGAGGCUUAUAGUACAAACGAAAACAUAAGUUAUUUGCAUAAAUUAGUUAAAGAUGAAGCAAAAUUUAUAGAAUAUAUUGCUAAAGCUCCUAAGCUAACGCUUGGAGUUAUUUAUGAAAGAAUUAGAAAAGCCCUUUAAGACUCGAAAGUAUAUUUCCUCCUUUUAAUUAGAUUAAAAAAGAUCAUAAGAGCUUCUUUUGAAAUGACAAAAUCUCUGGUUUUGAAUGAUGCUUUAGAAACAAUUGUAGAUGAAACAUGCAUUUGUUUGGAAUGUGAUAGAUGCACUGUUUAUGUUGUAGAUGAAAAAAAGAAUGAACUUUGGUCUAAAAUGGCCAAAGGAACAAAAAAUGUAAUCAGAAUGCCUAUAAACUAGGGAAUUGCUGGUUUUGUAGCAACUACUAAAUAAACGCUUAAUAUUUUAAAUGCAUAUGCUGAUGAAAGAUUUAACAAAGAUUUUGAUAAAAAAAUGAAUUAUAAGAGUAGAACUAUUCUUUGUGUUCCCAUUAUAGAUGAACAUGGUAGAGUACUAGGAGCUAUAUAAUGUAUUAAUAAAUUAAAUGGGCACUUUACUAAAGAUGACGAAGCACUUUUAAUGGUCAUAGCAGAUUUUAGUAGGAUUGUUUUGAAAAAUGCAAUCAAUUAUGAUGAGCAAAACCUUGCUCAUAGUAAACUCAGAAGCAUCGUGAAUCUUGGAAUUUAUUAAAAUUCAUAAAAAGAUUUGAAGAGCAUAAUAUAUUCUUCUGAAUCGAAAUUAAAAGAUAUUAUGCAUAUUGAUGAUGCUAGAAUUAUAUUAAAUAAUAUGGAUGGUACCAUGUGGUAUAUUAAUGAAGAAAACUAAUAGAUUACACUCAAAAUUGACCAAGGAAUAGCUGGAUUGGUAUUUAAAUAAAAAGAGACAGUCAACUGCUUUAAUUGCUAUCAUCAUAAAUAAUUUAGUCCAGAAGUUGAUAUCAUAACAUAAAUGCCUACCCUUUGCAUUCCUGUGACUCAUCCAAAAUCUAAAGAGGCACUUGCUGUAUUAGAAGUAGUUAAUGUUAAAGGAAUAAGUAGUAUGUAUGAAUCUGCACAUCCCAAAAUAUAGCAUUUAGAUUAAGAAGUUUUACACUACUUCGUAAAAUAAUUAGCUUCUGUUCUUAUUUCAAGAUUAGAAUGGUUUGAAGGAUAUGAGUUUGAAAAAGGAUAAAAUGAGGAUAUCUUAGAUGAUCCAAAAAGCAGCUACAAUUUAAAGUAUGAAUAAGAUCAUGUUGAAGACGAAAAUAAAGAAGAUGAAGACAAAAAUCAAGUUAAUGAAGAAGGAAAUGGCGAAUAAGAUUUAAAAAAUUGA